CGUCAUCAACGUGCGCCAACGUCGCCGCAGUUACCAUAGAGACGGCUCUUUGGUUAUCCUGUGAGUCUGUAGAAGCGCUCAGGGCUGAAGGCGAUGCCCCGUACCGGUGAUAACCUUUGGGAUAUAGCAAUUUCCGAGGUGCAGCAAAAGGAAAAUGCUGGAGAUGGAAAUGAAGAAGUAGAAGAAAAUUCUGAGAGAUCAGUGUUUUUCAUAGGAAACAAGAAUGGGGGAAAAACAACCACUAUUCUUCGCUGUCUUGAUAGGGAUGAAGCUCCCAAACCCACAUUAGCACUGGAAUAUACUUUUGGAAGAAGAGCAAAGGGACAUAAUACUCCAAAAGAUAUUGCACAUUUUUGGGAGCUUGGUGGUGGAACAUCCUUGCUGGAUUUAAUCCAAAUACCCAUUACAAGUGACAAUCUGAUGUCUUUUUCUGUAGUUCUUGUUUUGGAUCUUUCAAAGCCUAAUGAGCUGUGGCCAACAAUGGAGAGCCUUCUAGAGACCACAAGGAAACAUGUGGAUAAGAUCAUAACGGGUAUUGCAAAGAACAGCUCCAAAAUUGCCAACCAAAUAAAACAAAAACUUUGGCAAACUAUACCAAAAGACCACCCAGACAGAGAAUUAAUAGACCCAUUCCCUUUACCCCUACUAAUUGCUGGAAGCAAAUAUGACAUCUUUCAAGAUUUUGAUUCCGAAAUAAGAAAAAUCAUAUGCAAGACACUUCGAUUUGUUGCACAUUAUUAUGGAGCAUCACUACUGUUCACCAGCAAGUCUGAUGCCCUAAUGCUCAAAGGAGUUACACGCUCAUUUAUAAACCAUUUGGCAUUUGGACUAGAUAAAAGCAAAUCUCUGUCUAUAGACCACAAUAAGCCACUUAUCAUUCCUGCGGGGUCUGAUUCCUUCAGCCAGAUUGGGUCUCCACCAGCCUCUGACACUGACAUCAGCCAGUUCCGUGUGCGCACACCCAUGGAAUUAUGGAAGAAAGUGUUUGAAAAAAAUUUCCCCCCCAAGAAUACAAAUGACUUUAAAGAGACAAGAGACCCUGCCAAAGACCCACAAUACUCAGAAGCUGAAGUUGAUGCCAUGCGGGCUCUAAAGGAUCAGGAACUGGAGCAGUAUAAGAGAAAUGCUGACAGGACAUGGAAGGCAAUGGCACUUGAAUCAAAUGCACCAUAAUCACCUUAGAUAUCCCUUGGGGAUUUGGUUUGUUCAACAUUAAAGUUUCCCGUUCGUAUGAUUAUUGGUUAUUUCUUAAAAAGUGGAAAAUGCUGCUUCCUUUUACUGCGAGAUGCAGACCCAAGUUGUCUGAUAGAAUGCUGAUAAAGAGCACUUGUAGCCAAAGCCCAUGUAAAAUAUACACAAUAGCUCCCAAAUGGACUGCACAGUAGGAAGAUAUAUCUGUGCAUCUAUAGUAACACAUGGGGUUAUUGUGCAACAUAGGGCCCAGUUACCCACAGCCAAUCAGGUGCUUUUAUAACUGCUCCUGCUCUAUACCAAUAAAAGCUAACUGCUGGUUGGUUGCUCUGGUCUACUGGGCUGGGCAAACUUUGUACAUUUGAUGGCUUGACUCCCGCAGUCAUUGAAAUGCUUGUGUGAAGGAAAUUCCUUCGAUUUACCUGCUUUGUUAUAUACAGUACCAGCAUCGGGGUCUAUUAUAAGGUAGAGCUAGAAACUGGACCUAAACGUUUAUGCAAGAUCACAGAAACAAUUACAGUAUAUGCAGCUUGGCACAGAUAUGAUGUAGAAAUGUAUUGUUAAAAAUAUUCAGUGUAAUAUAAUUAUUCCAUUAUUUUUUAUUCUAAAUAUUCUUAAAUAUAAAACUAAAAAACUGAAAGAUCUGUUGUCAAUAAAAGUGUAUUUUAAUUAUGUCAAGAA